AUGGAGCAGGUUGUAAACAAAAAGAAAGAGACAAUCAUCAUGCCAUUGUUCCUCGAGUUAAUUAUGGCUGCUGGAGAAAAAGCCUGUGUUUCCAUUGAAGACAUUGUUGCAGCCGAUUCCGAAAUUUCUGGAUUUAUCUCAAAAUCUGAUUUUCUCACAAACUAUCGAUUUAGAACCACGAAUUCACUCUUUGGCCAGGUGGCUGUAAACUAUCCAACAAUAGUUCCACCUGGACAAAUAAUAAGAUUUGAGAUUGCUCAAAGAUUAUUAACAGCUAAGCUGGUUACAGACUUACAGCCUACUGCCUACAGAGCUCUCCCCUCGUUCAAAGCGGCCUCCACGCUUCUUCUUCGCGAGAAGUUCACAGUUGCAAUUUCUCUCCUACCUUCACCACCAAUCACCGGCGACACCGGCUACAGUCUCGCCUUCUCCGGUCUCCUGACAGAGAGAAUCUGA